AUGAAAUUCAGCCCAGCUCACUACUUGCUGCCUCUCCUGCCAGCGCUUGUCCUCAGCACCAGACAGGACUAUGAAGAACUUGAAAAGCAGUUAAAAGAAGUAUUUAAGGAGCGAAGCUCCAUCCUGCGUCAGCUAACAAAGACAUCAAGGGAACUUGAUGGAAUUAAAGUGAACCUUCAGUCUUUAAAAAAUGAUGAACAGUCUGCUAAAACUGAUGUUCAGAAGCUUCUGGAAUUAGGCCAGAAACAAAGAGAAGAAAUGAAGUCUCUCCAGGAAGCACUACAAAGUCAACUUAAAGAAACAUCAGAGAAAGCUGAGAAACACCAAGCUACUAUUAAUUUUUUAAAGACUGAAGUGGAAAGGAAAAGCAAAAUGAUCCGAGACCUCCAGAAUGAGAAUAAAAGCUUGAAAAACAAACUCUUGUCUGGAAGUAAGCUGUGUGGAAUUCAUGCAGAAGAGUCAAAAAAAAUUCAAGCUCAGCUGAAGGAACUUCGGUAUGGGAAGAAAGACCUGUUAUUUAAGGCCCAACAACUGACUGACCUGGAACAAAAACUAGCUAUAGCCAAAAAUGAAUUGGAGAAAGCAGCCCUCGACAGGGAGUCACAGAUGAAAGCCAUGAAGGAGACUGUACAACUCUGUUUGUCAUCUGUUUUCCGUGAUCAACCACCUCCUUUGAGUCUAAUCACAUCAAAUCCUUCUCAGAUGUUACUGCCAUCCAGAACAAUUGCUUCUAAGAUUCCAGAUGCCAGAGUAAAAAGCAAGCCUCAACAAAGUAUUCCUGGAAACAAUGACACCUCUCCAGUUGAGUCAACAAAGGAAGAAACCCAGAACACUACCAUCUGUGAUUCUCAACAUGACGGCAAGUCCUGUUCAAUGAAGCACAAAGAGAGCCCACCAAAAGUCUCCAUCACAGAGUCAGAGUCUGUCCCACAGAAAUUGCAAGUGCCUCCUUGUUCUGAAUGUGAGGUGAAAAAAGUCCCAGAAAAACAGUUAACCAACUUUCAAGGAAUUCCAGCUAGAGAAGAAAAAUUACUGUAA